AUGAAGAGCCGGCGGCGGCGACGCCGGCAGCAUCGGAAGCUCCUGUUCUUGCUAGUUUUGUAUACUCUGGUCCUGCUGCUGUUGCCCUACGUCCUGGAUAAUCGCAAGGCGGGCGAGGAGGCAGGCGUCCGGCGCUGUCCCAGCCUUCCAAGCAGCCUGGGCGUGUGGAGCCUGGAGGCGGCGGCUGCCGGGGAGAAGGAGGAGACUAAAACUUUGACCGGGGCUGAAGCUGGAGCCCCAGAGAGCCUCCAGAACGGGAGUUACUCUGCCCGACGGCUGCCGCCUCUGCAGCGCGAGAAGCAGCAUGUCUACCUGCACGCCACUUGGCGGACAGGCUCGUCCUUCCUUGGAGAGCUUUUCAACCAACACCCGGACGUUUUCUACUUGUAUGAGCCCAUGUGGCACCUGUGGCAGGCGCUGUACCCGGGCGAUGCAGAGAGCCUACAGGGCGCCCUGCGAGACAUGCUCCGCUCGCUCUUCCGUUGCGACUUCUCGGUGCUGCGGUUGUACUCCCCGCCGGGAGACCCCGCCGCAUCAGCCCCGACCUCCGCCAACCUCACCACGGCCGCCCUCUUUGGCUGGAAGACCAACAAGGUGAUCUGCUCUGCUCCCCUGUGCCCCGCCGCCCCCAAACCCCGCGCCGAGGUGGGGCUCAUUGACGGGGCCACCUGCGAGCGAAGCUGCCCGCCUGUGGCGCUGCGGGCGCUGGAGGCGGAGUGUCGGAAGUACCCCGUGGUGGUAAUCAAAGAUGUGCGCCUGCUGGACCUGGGCGUGCUCGUGCCGCUGCUGCGGGACCCUGGCCUCAACCUCAAGGUCAUCCAGCUGUUCCGUGACCCGAGGGCAGUGCACAACUCCCGCCUCAAGUCCAAGCAGGCACUAGUGCGCGAGAGCAUCCAGGUGUUGCGCACUCGCCAGAAGGCGGACCGUUUCCACCGCCUGCUUUUUGCCCAAGGUGUUGGGGCCCGCCCAGGGGCAUCUCUAUUUCGGGCCCAACCUCCGGGCCCCCGGGCGGAUUUCUUCCUCAGUGGAGCCCUGGAGGUGAUCUGCGAAGCGUGGCUGCGGGACUUGCUCUUCGCGGAGAGCUCUCCAGCCUGGCUACGCAGGCGAUACACACGGCUGCGCUACGAGGACCUUGUACAGGAGCCCCGCACCCAGCUGGCUCGCCUGCUGCGCUUUGCGGGUUUGCGCAUCCUACCGGACCUGGAGGGCUUCGCCCUCAAUAUGACUCGAGGUUCGGGCUACAAUGCUGACCGACCCUUCCUCAUUUCGGCCCGGGACGCCAGGGAGGCAGUACAUGCCUGGAGAGAGAGGCUGAGUCAGGAGCAGGUGCGCCAAGUGGAAGCCUCCUGUGGCCAGGCUAUGCGCCUGCUAGCCUACCCGCUUAGUGGAGAGAAAGGAGGAGGCGGCGGCUCGGAGAACUUCCCGGAAGGGAAGCCUCAGGUGGAGAAGCUGAAGAAAGAAGGGGAAGGCACUACAAAACAGCUUCCCAGGUAAACUACAACAUGGAAGCGUGCAGUCCAGAAAGAUGAAGAAUCACUGCCAAUGAGAUAACCUUGCACAAUUGGGGUAUUGAGACUUCACUUGACAUUCACUGCUGUACGAUUCUGCAUAGCAGAAAGAAUAGUGAGCAGUUAAACGUGACGGACAUAAUCUGCAAAGACUACAUUUCCAAUAAGGAAGCGACAUAGUGCAAUAUGGAUAUGGUGGCCCUCCAAUAUGGAGGGCUUUAUUUUCCAGCUUGAACCUGCCAGUGGUGAAUGCCGCCCUUGGAAGGGGAUGACUUUCCCGGUGACGAAUGAAGAAGAGACUUGAUUUAUUAUGGUUUCAGAAUUAAUGAUGUUUACAUCACAACUUGGACAAAAAAUAUUGAUCUGAAAACCAUGGCAAGUGUGGUCUUUUACCCUAUGUUCAUUCCGUAACUUAAAGAAAACAUCUCGUUUUAAGGUCUGAAUCGGAUCUUUUAAAAGAAUAAAAAUUAAAAUAA